UUGCAGCACAUGAAUACUGCAAUCUGUACUGCUUCUUUCUCAAUUUCCGAGAGAAAACAUCAUGGAAGGAGAAAAUCACACUCUGUCUGAAUUUAUCAUCUUAGGAUUCUCUGACUUAAACAAUAUGCAGUUUUUAUUCUUUACCAUAUUUCUUAUGAUCUAUCUCUGUACCCUGGGAGGAAAUAUUUUCAUUAUUUUGGUAACAUUGGUCGAUAUACGACUCUAUACCCCCAUGUAUUUUUUUUUAAGGAAUCUGGCCUUUCUUGAUAUCUGUUAUACCACCACUAAUGUCCCCCAGAUGAUGGUGCAUCUCCUAUCAAAGAAGAAAAGUAUUUCCUACGGGGGCUGUGUGGCUCAACUUUUUGCAUUCCUUUUCUUUGUGGGGGUAGAAUGUCUCCUCCUGGCAGCCAUGGCAUAUGAUCGUUACAUUGCAAUCUGCAAACCUUUAAGGUAUUCGGUUAUUAUGAACAAGGUCCUAUACAGCCAGUUAGCAGCCUCCUGCUGGACUGGUGGUUUCCUCAACUCAGUGGUGCACACAGUACUGACAUUCCGCCUGCCUUUCUGUGGCAAUAACGAGAUUAAUUAUUUCUUCUGUGACAUCCCCCCUUUGCUGAUCUUGUCUUGUGGGGACACUUCUGUCAAUGAGUUCGUGUUACUUAUCGUUGGGGUCUUCAUUGGAUGGGCUCCUUUCCUAGGUAUCAUCCUUUCCUACCUCUACAUUAUCUCCACCAUCUUGAGGAUCCGCUCCUCAGAGGGGAGACAAAAGGCCUUUUCUACCUGUGCCUCCCACCUGGUCAUUGUCCUUCUCUACUAUGGCAGCUCCAUCUUCACCUAUGUGCGGCCCAUCUCAUCUUACUCAUUGGCAAAAGACCGGCUGAUCUCAGUACUGUACAGUGUGGUGACCCCUAUGCUAAACCCCAUCAUUUAUACUUUGAGGAAUAAGGAUAUCAGAAAGGCCCUGAAAGCUAUGGGAGAAAAAGUAGCAACUUUCAAACUUCAUUUCCCUUGA